UUAGUUCUUCUGAUGAAACAUUUUGGUUCUUGUGUUUCUCAUUGCAUUAUUACAUAAUAAACAGACGUAAAAACUACAAGAAAACAAAAACAAUACACAAGUCUUCCUUUCACACUUUUACUUCUCACUCAAAAAACCUUACGCACACACUCUCUCUCCUUUUAACUUUAUAACUUUCUCCUCUUUAUCCCUCACCUUAUAUUUCCCAUCUCCAUAUCCUUAACCCCUCUCUCUCUAGAUUCUUGAUUUCUUUCUCUCUCUAGAUUCUUGAUUUUCUUUCUCUUUUCUUUAAAUCAGGAGGCCGAAAAAUUUACAGGUGAAGGAAAAAGAAAAAUGAGCAAACCACAUAGACCGCCAUCUGGCCGUACAAAUCUAGCAUCAUGUAUAGUAGCAACAAUCUUCUUAAUCUUUGUUAUUAUCAUUAUCCUUAUAGUCUUUUUCACCGUUUUUAAACCUAAAGAUCCUAAAAUAUCAGUUAACGCCGUUCAACUCCCAUCAUUUUCCGUCUCUAACAAUACCGUCAACUUCACUUUCUCUCAGUACGUGUCUGUCAAGAACCCUAACAGAGCUACCUUCUCUCACUAUGACAGUACUCUCCAGCUCCUUUAUUCGGGUUCUCAAGUCGGGUUCAUGUUCAUACCCGCCGGUAAGAUCGAAUCGGGUCGAACCCAGUACAUGGCAGCAACUUUUGCAGUCCAGUCAUUCCCUUUAUCGUCAUCGCCUGAUGCCGCUGUGAAUGUGGGUCCGGCUUUUACCGGAAGUGGGUUUCCGGGUGUACCAGGUAGUAGUAACGGAUUCCGAGUAGGACCUACUAUGGAGAUUGAGUCCAGGAUUCAGAUGGUGGGUCGGGUUCGGGUCUUGCAUAUUUUUACUCAUCAUGUGGAAGCUAAAGCAGAAUGCAGAGUGGCUAUUGCAGUGAGUGAUGGAUCUGUGUUAGGGUUUCAUUGCUAGUAAUUCUUCUUUCUUCUGUUAGAAGUUAUAGUUGUAGUUUUUCUUUAGUUUCUCCUUUUCGGGUGUUUGAUUAGUACAUCAAAUUUGUUCAAGAAAAGUGUAAAAAUUGACUUUCUGCAGUAGAAUUCUGUGUAGACUCUUGAUCUACAUUUUGAAA